AUGGCACUUAUGCCUAAGAUAUUCGUGUACUUUGCUUUUGUCUCCUUCUCCAUAUACCAAGCUUCUAAAAAUACCAGAAAACCGAGCCAGCUGCCUUUAAGUGCAAACUCGGUCUCUUCAUACGCUCUGAAUACAGGUGGAGUAGUCUAUCCUAUAAACACUGCACAUUAGUUCGUAUAGCUUGUCCUUCUAAUUCAAUCAGUAAAGUCUUUAAUACAAGAUAAAUUAGACACAGAAUAAUAUCCGCCCUGUUCUGCCAUCCUCAAUACUGCUUCUCGGCAUUCAUUUCACAUCUCUUCGGUCUCUCUACCCAUAAGAAACUGAACUCAUGGAAUAUAAAACUAGUUUUAGUUCUUUAACCAUACUUCAUUCUAUUUCACUAGGAAUAGCCAUUGGCACAGUCACAUGGAAAAUAUAAAUAUACAACCCACAUAUUCACAUUUACAGAAAUAGUCUCCUUUAUU